CUCUUAUUUCUUUCUCUUUCCUAUUUCAUUACCCUUCCUCUUUUUCCUCCACAACUCAUUUUACUCAUUAUUUCUGAUCGUUCUCUUCAUUAAAGAAACUAAAGUAUAUACUGUGUUCAACUGAUUGCAACAAAAGAACAUCAUGUAACAAGCAAACAAAAAAGCAAUUGUCAAUUUCAAUCAUUAAGAUUAACAUGGUCUCAUUUUUAUUCUCCUCAUUCUCAAUGUUUCAUUCUAGCUCUCGUCAUGACAACAAUAUCCAGGGCCUCGACGGCUACUGUGAGGUCUGAAGGAGAUAAAGACAUACUGUCCAGCAAUAAUAAUCCUCCUGCAGUGCAGGAUCCUACCUCUCACAAAAAGAAAAAGUCAACAUCGGAUUCAUAUCGUCAUACCUUUCCUGUUCACACGAAGAUUAUGCCCAGCCCAUUAUCUAAAGAAGCUCCACCAGAAAGCUACCGUGGAUUUGUCAAUCUUGGAAUGUUGCUUCUUUUCGGAAACAACAUUCGCUUGAUCAUCGAAAAUUAUCUCAAAUAUGGGUUCCUGCUCUCAUUCCCAGGAUCCAAUGUGUCGCGUCAAGACUGGAUCUUGACUGUACUCACCCAUGCACUCCUUCCUAUUAAUGUCCUAGUUGCUUACAAAUUGGAGGAAUGGGCCAUGAAGUUGGCUAUCGGAUUCAGAAAACGGCAUUUAGAUGAGAAGAGCGAAAGCAGACCUAAGAACAACAGCACCAACGGCAGGGAUACACGACCGCAUACGGUUAAGGAAAUCGCUAAAGCAAAUCAAUCGACUGUAGGCUGGCUCCAUGUCUUGAAUCUAUCUACUCUCUUGGCUUGGCCUUCCUUCAUGGCCUAUUUCAUGAUUUAUCACCCAUUCUUAGCCAUGACUUGUUUGAUGAAUGGAUUAGUCCUGUUUCUCAAGAUGACCUCUUUCGCAUUGGUGAAUCAAGACCUCAGAGCAGCUUAUAUUUUUGACACACCCAUGGAAAAACUUCAACAUGUUGCUGCAGUCCAUGGGCUUACUUCAAGGGGAGGAAAAGAUGAUGAGAAGACAAAAAAGCACACGAGCAAUAGUAAUAAUGGUGAAAGUGACAGUGACAACAGUAGCAGCAACGAAUCCUCCUCCUCAACAACAACAGCUGUAGAGGUUUUUCAGUAUGAUGUUCGUUAUCCUGACAACAUUACGCUCAAGAACGUGACCUACUUUUGGUUUGCUCCUACAUUAUGCUAUCAACCUUCCUAUCCUCGGACAACUGUGUUCCGCAAAUCAUUCUUCUUGAAACGCUGCCUUGAGAUCAUCACAUGCUUAGGAAUGAUGUAUUUUCUUAUCGAACAAUACGCUACUCCGACACUUCAGAACUCUGUCCGCGCAUUGGAUGAUCUAGCGUUUGGAACCAUCUUGGAACGUCUUUUGAAAUUGAGCACGACCAGCGUUGUCAUCUGGCUGAUCAUGUUCUACACCUUUUUCCACUCUUACCUUAAUGCAUUGGCAGAGGCAUUAUACUUCGGAGACCGUGUCUUUUAUUUGGCAUGGUGGAACAGCUCUCGUUUGAGCGAAUACUGGCGUCUGUGGAACAAGCCCGUAUACACUUUCUUUAAGCGCCAUGUUUACUUACCCAUGGUUACUUCGGGCUACAAACCAGCAGUGGCCUCAUUUGUGAUCUUUACAAUCUCGGCUGUCUUGCAUGAGGUCUUGAUUGGUAUCCCGACCCAUAUGGUUUACGGAUAUGCGUUCGCAGGCAUGUUCUUCCAGAUCCCUCUUAUUGCCUUGACUGAACCUCUGGGUCAUUGGCGUGGACGUGGAAGUGGACUGGGCAACAUGAUCUUCUGGGUUUCCUUCACUAUCUUGGGACAGCCGGCCUGUGCAAUGUUGUAUUAUUAUCAUUGGACCAAGCAGCGCAUGAAUGGUUAGAUGGAUAAAAUCGAUGAAAUAGAAUUAAUAGAAAACCAAAUAAAGCAAAAAAAAAAUCCAGCG